AUGGAGAGUCAAUACGAAGCUAGCGGGUUGCCUGUGACUGCUCUGAAGGAUACACCUAAGCGUUCGGACAGGCUAGCGCGGAUCCGACGGCGGAUGUCAGAUGCGGCGGAAGAGGAUGCAGAAGGGGAGGCCAGGCAAGCAAAGAAAAUCAAAAGGCACACUAUCGGCGCCCAUGAACCUCGGCAGCCAGCCGAAUGCGACCCCCUGGACUUCUUCGGGCGCGACUCUCCUCGUCCAAGCAGUGCCGAACAGGCGACGGCGGAUCUCGAAGGAAAGAUCCGCUUGGCGAGCAUCAACGUCGCGGCCCACGACGAUCGCUUCCUGGCGUCUCACGAAGACGUCAAGUCGGCGGAACGUGUCGUUGCUGCGGCACAAGCCACCCUUGAAACUGCCCAAAGACGACUCAAGGCCGCUCGGGAUACGCGUGCCCGCCGCCAUGAGACCGCUCAGGGUGCUCUGGAUGCCAAGGUUAAGCUGGAACGAUUGAAGGCGGAGAGGGAGAAUCUGGUGCUGCGCAUGAAGGCGAUCGAUGAGGUGCUUCCGGUUCGCCAGACCUUUGGCUGGCGGCUUAUGCCCGCCAAUGUCGGUACGCGCUCACUAGGAGCCGACAUCCAGCCGCCUCUCGGACCUCAAGCCUGGCUCGCUCUCGCCGCGGCAGGACCAUCACAGCCACCCCGCAAAAAGAAGAAUAGGACGGGCCUCAAGAAAUGCUACAAGUGCGGGAUCAAGGGUCACUUGAUCCAGGAGUGUCCGGACCAAGCAGAGGCCGUCGCAGCGACAAUGGUCGCGACGGACGCACCUCAGUCCGGCGAGCCGGAGCUGGUCCCGGCGGCGGAACAGGUGGGAGCGGAGGCUGUACAGGAGGUCGUAGUCUCCGACGAUGCGUCGGAGGUAGAGGAAGCGCUGUCUCGACCCUCUUCUGUGCCCUGUUAUAUGCAAGAAGAGGGUAGGUAUUCUGGGCGAGAUACCCAGGGAAGUCGGCAGGAAGAAAGCCAUCUCAGCAAUGUGACGACAAGUUAUACCCCAAGGCCUGUAACGCCCAUGAAGAGGCCACGGGGAGACGAGUCGCCAGAUCGCUCCGUCGCGGAAGACCGGCUUCGUCCUCGGACACCCCCUCUGAUCCCACCGCAUAUCCCUGUUCCUGGCUCUGCGUUAGACCCAUUCGACAUCAAACUCGCCAACCUCGAGAGGUCUAUCCGGUCGGAGACAGAAGUCCAAUCAGUCCUUGCGGCGCAGCACGAACGGGCGUGUGAGAAGCGAGACAGAGCGAUUGCUGAGGCCGACGCUGCGGCCAAGAAGCGCGCCGGGUCGAAGGCUUGGAUCAUACAGCUCCAGGAGGAGUGGGUGAGGGUGCAGAGGCUUGCGGAGGAGCGGGAUGGGCUGGCGCGGCGUAUCAAGGAGAUAUAUGAGCAGGAGCAGGGCAGAUAG